GCGAAGAGGGGGAAGGCUUCGAGGUCCGGCCGUUCCCUUUCGCAGUCCCCGUCCCUAAAUCUCGCCUCCGUGACAGCAUCUUAGACGAAUUUGCGACCGAUCGCAGACACCUUAUUUCUUUGUUGCUGACAUUACCGAGAGAACAAAUGUCAAACCAGUAAGCAUCAUAUGAACUUCCCCUUGGUGACUCAUUUCAAAAAACUCAUAGGGAUGUUGUCCGGUCAUGCUAUCGGUUUACAUGAAAGAAGUGAAUCUGAUGAGCUUUUAUUGGAAGAUCCUGUGUCUGAGGUUGGUGAUGAGGAAGAGCUUUCUGGAAAGGUGUUGUUUGCAGCCUCAUUUGAGGAGCUUGCUAAAAACCAUGUGCAGUAUGAUACAAUUAUAUGGGUUCUAAUUUCACUGUUGCUUGUUUUGGCCUGGGGAGUUGGUAUUAUCAUGCUCCUAUAUCUGCCAGUUAGAAGAUAUGUGCUUCAGAAAGAUAUUUCUUCACGCAGACUUUACGUCACAUCCGACAUGAUAGUUUACAAGGCUACUAGGCCAUCUUUUUUACCAUUUUUAGGCUUGACUAAAAUCGAGAAGCGCAUCCCCCUUCAUCUAGUUAUUGACAUCAUAAUUGAGCAAGGCUGUUUGCAAUCUAAUUACGGAAUACAUACUUUUAGGAUUGAAAGUGUAGCUUAUGGAAAAGCUGCACCAGUGGAUGAACUACAGUUCCAAGGUGUCUCCAACCCAGGACUCCUAAGAAAGGUUAUUAUUAUAGAAUCUACAAAGAGUAUUCGAAAAGUUGGUAAUAGGAAGUCUGCCAUACUGCCUGGGGAAGGAAUGUCCACACCGACUAGUUUGAGAUCAUUGGCCGAUAUUCCACCUCCAAGUAGAUGGCAAUCUCCCAGCAUGAGGAAUACCGAAAAUACUAUGGAAUUAAAAAAUUCACAGGUCAAGGCUUCACCAAGACGCCCUCUUUUCGAGGCCGGAGGCGUAGUGCCUGGUGACUUGUUGCUACAUAAAAUUGAAGAAGUCAAGCGAUCUGUGAAAAAACUGGAAUCUGUUAUUGCGGGAUCACAUUCACAGGCAUCACAAGAUGACUGCUAAUCAUCGAGAUCAAGAAGUUUCUUUGCGUAAAAUGUUUGCCGAAUGCUAUUUGGGUUCCUAUAAUUGUUGUAGUGCUUAAAAUAAGAUUUGACAUAAAUGUUGAACUAAUAAUUACCGUUUGCUGUUCGUUGUACGAUGCACACUUGGCCAUUGUAUUCAGUAUCUCCUCGCAUGCUUUGAUGCUGUCAA